AUGAGCCUGUCAAAUUUCCUCAACCCAGAUGACGAGAAUAUUGUGGUGGAAGAGGAGGUCACGCUUAGGGAUGUCAUUCCAGCACAAACUAUGCCACAGCUGGAGGAGGACGAGGAUAAGGAGGAAGCUGGGCCACCUGCUAUGAUUGAUCAAGCACUCAAGGGCCUCAUGUGCCUGCUCAGCUUCAAGGAGCAGGAGCAAGGAGCCAGCUCAUGGAGCUCGCGAGACUGA